CCGCCGUCCUCGCAUCGUCUUCACCCCAUACUCCAUACUCUAUACACCACUCGCCGGUAAUAAGAUCAAGUGCUCUCAAUCAUGUCCUACACCGGCCACUGCAACUGCGGCAAUGUUUCCAUCACGCUCCCCCAACAGCCCAAGGGGACCAGCGUCUGCCACUGCACGAACUGCAAGCGCGCGGGGGGAGGGUCCUUCUCGCUGAACUACCUCGUCAAUGAAUCCGAUAUGGUCAUCGCCGACCCCAAGAAUGUUCUGAAGACCUAUGAGUAUCUCAACCCUUCAUCGGGGAAUAUGGUCAAGCGCAUAUUCUGCUCCCACUGCGGAAGCCCCGCCAUGACCGUCACGCCGAAACAGCCCGGCAAGGCAUUCCUGAAGGCGUCGCUGUUCGACAAGCCGUCGCCGCCGGAGAUGGGAAUUUUCGAGGAGAGGAAGGAGGAGUGGCUGGGGGUUACUUACUAGGUUACUGUGUAUUGAAUGGGGGGCGGGGGGGUUGAUUUCGGUUGUGCUGUUGGAUUGAGCGUUUGGGGGUUGUGCGUGGCGUCAAAUUGAUAAGGUGAAAUUGAAUAUAUUCCAUUGGAUGACAUCAGUCUGUUCGGAAGAGAGAGUUAUUGCGUCAGUGUUGUUCUUUUACUACAUCCCCCAAGUCCAG